CAUCAGGUCUACCAUGCACGAGAAAGUUUGGCGGCGUAGAGAAUUCCCAAAGAAGAAUGCAAGACGCAACAGACACAUCACGAAUUCUACUUUCGCAAGUGGAAGGCCACGCAUUUGCCUGCAGAGGUAUUGUAAGGUCUUCGGGUAAAAAUGGUUGUAUAAAGGGAACGCAUCCGAAAUCCUGACCAUCCCCACCUUAAAUGAUAUCCUCAACUGUUCUCGACGCAGCAAGAUGAAUUCCACUAACUUUAACAAUUGCAUUCAAACGGCGGCUGGCCUAGUCGAGGCCGAAGUUUCUGGCUCUGGUAUACCAAUUCUCAUCUUACACGGAAGUCCUGGAGGCAUCGAUGCCGCCCGAUCAAUGAGCCGCUUCCUCGACAAGGACAAAUUCAAAACCAUCUGCCUCUCCCGUCCCGGCUAUCUCAACACUCCACUAUCUCCAGUGAACCAUUCAAUCGAAGCCGAAGCGGAUCUCCUUGUCGGGUUACUCGACGCUCUGCAAAUCCCACGUACGGGUGUUCUAGCCUGGUCAGGUGGCGGCGCAGUUGCAUACCAGCUCGCCUCUCGACAUCCAGAACGUGUAUCUGCCCUCGUCACUGUUGCAGCUGUGAGCUCGGCCUGGAUAGCACCCAAGACCCCCAUCCUCGACCGCAUCAUGUUUGGCACCAAGCUCGGAAACCGCAUCAUCAAAUACAUAUCAUCACACUCGCCCGAGCACCUCAUCGAAGAAGCGCUCAAAGGCGAAGGAUCCCUACGAGGUUCCGAGCUUCACUCUCUCGCCGAGCAAGUAAUCGCUGAUCCCGCCCAGCGCCAGCUCGUACUUGAGGUGGCGUUGACCGUCAACGUUGGCGGCGCGCGGAAAGCAGGUUGGCUGAACGACGUUGAGAAUUUUGCAGCUAUCAAGGAUUUGGGGCUCGAGAAGAUUCAAUGUCCGGUUUUGCUCGUCCACGGGGAUGCUGAUACGGAUGCAUUGCCGAGGUAUAGUGAAGAGGCUCAUAGGCGCUUGGAGAGGAGUGAGUUGGUUGUUAUGGAGAGGGGAACUCAUUUGUCAUUUUAUGCUCAUCCAGAGGCAAGUGAGGUUCAGGAGAGUGCGAAGAGGUGGUUUUUGGAUCAUGUGUGAGGGGUUAAGUCAGGUCGACAAAGUUCACGUAAAGAAGAUCGAAGUCCUGGACGAUAAUACUUUUUUAGACUGAGUGGCGUUCGCCCGGACACUGUCGCGGUGGACUUUAAUCGUUAUGGCAAGAGGAAUUAGGAGUAGCAGCAGAGAGAAGAAGAGGCCACUAGUAGCGGUACUUCCUCAUAUACAGUAAUAGACAUUAAGUAUUCG